CGGCCAUUUUGUUGUAGCCCGGAAGAAGUGUUAUUAGGGUUUUUUCCCCCAAGAAUAAUAAUGGUUGGAGCGAGAGAGCUGGAGAGUGUGAGCCCAGUGAGGAGGAGUGUGAGAUUCCUAGCCUUUACAAAAAUGCAGACAUAGAGAGGAGUGGGAAUAUUUAGAAGGAUACAAAGAUUUGUAUGAGGACGUCAUGAUGGAGAAUCGUCCGUUCCUCACAUCCCCGGAUGGAUCCAGUAACAGAUGUCUCUCCCAUCCUCUGUAUUCCUGGGAUUCUACACGGGAACAUCAUGAGAUCCCUCAAACUGAUCAGGAUGAAGGCUUGAUUGUUGUUAAAGUUGAGGAUGAAGAAGAACCGUAUGUGUUGGGUGAUGGUCCAUGUAAGGUGGACGAAAUCCCUCCAGAGAUCAGCACAGACCCCGGAGACACUGAGAGAGACAUCAAAGCUGAGGAGAAGGGAGGACACACAAGGAUUAAAGAGGAGGACAUUUCUAUAGACGUCAGCACAGAUGGAUCCAGUAACAGAAAUCCUUCAGAGAGAAGUCCCCGUCCUCUGUAUUCCCGGGACUCCACACAGGAAGAUCAGGAGAUCCCUCAGGAGGAUCAGGAUGAAAAUCUGAUCAUCGUUAAAGUCGAGGUUAAAGGGGAAGCAGAGGAGCUGUCUGUAAGGGGCGAUGAUCUGCAUAAUGAGGAGGAGAUCCCUCCAGAGAUCAGCACAGAUGGACAGUAUAGAUGGUACGGUACAGAGAGACAUCCCGCUAUCCUUCCAGUUGCUGAAACAGGAGACAAUGACAUCAUAUGUGAUUCUUUACGCAUUAAACGUGUUCCAGUACGAUCUUCUGAUACCUCUACAAACACGAUCGUUCACCCUGCUGCCCAUCGUCAACAGGGCGAACUCCUUACUGAGAACUCCGAACCUACCAAGCACCAGAGGAUCCGGACUUUAGAUAAGAAAUACCACUGUGCUGAGUGUGGGAAAGGUUUCACCGAACGGUCAAACCUUUCUAAGCACAAAAAGACACAUACAACCGAGAAGCCAUUCUCCUGUUUGGAAUGCGGGAAGGCUUUUAUCCAGAGAGCCCAUCUCAUUGCACACCAAAGUACUCACACAGGGGAGAAGCCCUAUGCCUGUGCCGAAUGCGGAAAAUGCUUUUCCCGGAAGUUUACGCUCAUCAGACACGAACGGGUCCACACAGGCGAGAAACCGUUCUCGUGUUUGGCGUGUGGGAAAUCGUUUGUGGAGAAAUCACACCUCGUAUACCACGAGAAGUCUCACACAGCCGACAAGCCGUUUUCCUGCCCUGUGUGCGGAAAACGCUUCAUCCUGAGAGCCCACCUUAUGUCCCACGAAAGGACUCACAACGCCGAGAAGCCGUUUACCUGUUCGGAGUGUGGGAAGGGCUUCAGGCAGAAGUCAGAACUCGCUAGGCACCAGAGAAUUCACACAGCCGAGAGGCCGUUCUCGUGUGCCGAGUGUGACAGGUGUUACGCUUGGAGAGACCUACUCGUCAAACACCAGAAGAGUCACACGGGGGAGAAGCCCUACCGCUGCGCUGAAUGCGGUAAAUGCUUUGCGGAAAAGACGCUUCUUGCCAUACACGAGAGGGUUCACACGGGGGAGAAGCCAUAUCCUUGCUCCGAAUGUGGCGAACGUUUUACACAGAGAGCCCAUCUUAUCUCCCACCACAGGACUCACACAGAUGAAAAGCCUUUUUCCUGUUCGGAAUGCGCGAAAUGUUUUUCUCAGAAACAGUAUCUCGUUUUGCACCAAAGGACGCAUACAGAAGAGAAGCCGUACGAAUGUUCGGAAUGCGGGAAAUAUUUUGCCAGGAGGGGCAGCCUUAUCUCGCACCGGAAGGCUCAUACCGGAGAGAAGCCGUAUUUGUGUUCCGAGUGCGGGAAACGCUUUUCAAAAAAGUCUUCCCUGUUGUCACAUCUCGGCUCCCACAGGGAACGUGAGGUUCUGCGCUCUGGAUGUGGCACCUAGACAUCUUUUUAUACUGUUGAGUUCCAUGCCAUCACUUAUCACAAACAAGCCCUCCUUUUUCUUUGCUAUAGAGGGGUGGUCAGUACACCCAGGCAUAUUGUGAAUAAAAUACACAUAUUCGCCAGCACACCAAGGGUCAUUUAACCACUUCCCGACCGCCGCAUGUAAA